CGCACCUAUUACCAGACCACUCCCAUAGGUGUGGUCAAAAUGGCUACCCACGUGUACGUUUCUCGCUCAAAAGACUGUCUCUUUCUUUUUCUGCGACAAGGAAGUCUCUUUCAACCUGCUAGAUGCUAUGCCAAGAAGUACAGGAUGCCCCAGGAGGAUAUUGAUGCUUAUAGGAAGUACAGGAAAGAGAUGACAGCCCAGAGAAGAAAAUAUAGGGAGGAGUGGCUCAAGGAUGAUAAGGAAAAUGAAAAGUUAAAAACGAUGAGAAUGAAGCUAGAUAAAGAAGUUGAAGGGAAAUUGUAUGACGACAAAAUAGUGUCAAAAAAUUUGAAAAUAGACGAAAAGAGAAAGAAAAUUGAAGAAAAGAAAAUGGAAAAAGAGGAGCAAAGAAAAGUUAUAGUAGAAUCUUUGAGACAAAAAACUCAAGAAAAAAUUAAGAAGGAACACAUCAAGGACAUCAUUGCUUCAAAUGUGGAGAUUGAAGGCUUUAUUACUUUUGAGAACUUGGAUGAGAAAAUAAGUGAAGCUAUUGACAACAUGCAGAUAUCAACAUAUGCAAUUGAUCCUUCAGGCAAGAAACUAAGCACUGAGAAUAUCUAUUCACCAAAUGCACUAACUGAAACACAAUCUGCUCAUUAAGGUAGAGGUGUACACAUAUUAUGCAAUGAUUUAUGAUGGUAAUAAAGUGUUAUAAUGACAAUCAUAAAAAAACGA